CGGACGCUCCUAGCUGCGCUGAAAGGCCUCCAUUUUGCGCAGCUCAGCCCAUUUCCGGGUUUGUGAGAAGGGAGCGAUAAACGGUGGCAGCGGGCGGUAUGGCUCUGCCUGCAGGUCAGUAGUGCGGGGAAAGUCUGCCGUGGCUACCAGAAGCGCUCCUGUCAGGCGUCCGGCACUUUGCGCUUCAGCACCCGGAGGCGUCCUGUUCGGCCAGCGACUGUAGACGUCCGGACCGGGUUGACACUGACAGCUUUCACGUAAACAGCUCAGUGCUAACACCCCGCCGCGGCUGGCUAGCAUUAGCCCGGCUAACCUGGCAAGUUCUAAGGUGGCGUUAAGCCACGGUACUGCGACUGGCCGUCACUCCUCCAUGACCUGCUGCUGCUGUUGUUUUUGUCAAACUGCUUCAACGACGGACUGCCGCCACAGCACUUCCCAUUCAUGGUGCUUGGGCAAGCCGCAGCUGUGCUAGAGCCCGGGAGUCGCUCAGAAGACGGUAACGUCAUUGACCUUUAACCCUGAGAGAGAGCUGCCAGUAGAGGGACAGGAUGCCGAUUCCUCCUCCUCCACCUCCGCCUGGACCCCCGCCCCCCCCAACCUUUAAUCAGGCCAAUACUACUCCUCCUAAACUGAACUCGUCUGAUGCCAAAGGCCGUGGAGCCCUGCUGUCAGACAUCUGCAAAGGGGCCAGGCUAAAGAAGGUUACUGAAGUCAAUGACCGAAGCGCUCCCAUUAUAGACAAGGGUAGCGGUGGUGGUGGAGGAGGUGGAGGAAGCAGCGGAGGGAGCGGCGGUGGAGGAGGCUUCGGAGGCGGAGGGCCAGUUGGCUUGGGGGGGCUUUUCCAGGGAGGUUUGCCAAAACUACGCCCAGUUGGAGAUGGUUUAGCUGUUGGUUCGGUUGGCAGAUCAGCCCUUCGGCCUCCAAAGUCCCGGGCGGCAGCUCCACGUCCCCCCAGCGGUCGCUCCCCCUCACCAAGCUCAGCCAACAAGCACUCUUCAUCAGACCACCAGCGAUCCCACCGCCCGUCACUGCCAGACAUCAGCCGCCCCCCCGGCAGCAGCAGUUCUUCCUCAGGCGGGAUGAAGCACAGCACCUCAGCACCGCCCCCCCCUCCACCCUUUAACAAAGGCGGACGCGGGAACGCUCCUCCCACCCCAAACCAAAAAGGUUCCUCCUCCUCCUCAUCAUCUUCAUCCUACAGCAGAGAAAAAGCCCUUCCUCCGACUCCCAGCAGAGGCCCCUCCUCAAACAGCAACGCAAAGUCCAAUCAGCCUUCGAGCAAACCGCCAAGCAGCAGCUCGGCGAUGCCGCCGCCUCCCCCGCCGUACAGACCGUACACGGGGAGCAGCAGCUCCAAUGGGCCCUCACAGGUAGACGCACCAGAGCUUCCUCAGAGAAAAAACUCAUUACGCAAAAAACACCCAUCAGGAAGCGGCGGCCAGGGACGCAACCAUGCCCCGCCACCGCCCCCUGCACCAGCUCCACCCUCUCAGUCGGUCAGCAGACCCCCCCCACCUGCCAGGGAACCACCUGGACGCAAAGCAGGCCACCAGUUUGCCCCUCCCAGUUCUCGUAACGGUGGAAGAGACGCUCCUCCCCCGCCUCCCCCUUACCGUGGCCAUAGUUCUGGGGUCUCAGAAGCCCUGGGCCGGUCCAAACCCGCUCUUCCCCCCUCAUCCUCCUCGUCUUCCUCAUCCUCCCGGACCCCAGCCGGACCACCUCCUCCGCCACCGCCCAUCCGGAACGGCCACGCCGUCGGUUCCUCCUCCAAGUCCGUCAUGGAUGAUUUUGAGUCGAAGUUCAACUUCCACCCCAUCGAAGAUCUUCCCCCUCCGGAGGACUACAGGCCCUUUAGCAAAGUUUAUCCCAGCAAAGCGGCUGGGAUGAGAGGAGCCCCUCCUGCGCCGCCAGUGGUCAGGUGAACCAGUCUCAACUCAGGACUUGAACUGUGUCAGCGGACAUAAUGAGCCAUCAGGGAGCAGCGGAGAUGCACGCAGAUCUUAAACACACUACACACAACAUAACGCUUAACCAGCCAGAAGCACAGUGGCCAACACAAAGGACAGGUUUGACACUGCUGCGGGAUCACUGCCUGUCUUUGCAUGAGAGAACAAACCCUCCUGACUGUGCUUCCCUCCACCUGUUCGCUGCUGAUGGGAUGCCAGGCUGAUGUUUAUCACUACAUAUCAGGACCAAACUCUGAAUAAUUCUAAAUCCCUGCAUUCCAUUUUUUUUAAAAAUAUGACUAUUAUAAUUUCUCAGUUGUUAACAGAUGUUUUGUUUGGGUUGUUUUUUUUUUGUUGUCAGCGUUAAUAUGUGUUGGGAAAAGAAAUCAUCUCUAUAAAUGGAAACGAUGUCAGAAUGAGUUGCAGUUAAAUGUUUCUGUAAACCUCUGUGCCACGGAUGUGGUGCACGGAGGUUGUUUUGAUUAGCUUUUGUAGUUUCUAGCAGUUCCAGAGGUGCCAAGUAAGGGGCUUUGCAGCCAGGUCUGUUUUUCUCUGCAUGCCAAAAGUUUUCUCAGUCGUGUUAUUUUGUUCCGAGUGGAGACGGUUUCUAUGCAUCCUCUGUACGCAGAGUGGAUUUUUACCUGAUUUCCUUCAAUGGUUGACAGCGAUAAACAGCCGGUCAUGUUGAGAGUAGUCCUCCAUGCUGCUUUUUACAUUUGAAGAAGGAACGCUUUCCUAGUUUUAUUUUCCACUUUUCCUUCUUUCUGAAUGUUCAUAUCUCCAUCUUCAGGCAACUUUUGCACUUCACCGUAACUGUUAAACCAACACUGUGCAUGAUGCUGAUGAUGCACUUUAGACACAAGGAUUUCUCAUCCAGCAACCUUGGUGGAACAGAAUAAGCUUCCGAUGUUCAGUAAUGUUACGACGACGGACUGAAGCCAGUUAAAAGGAUUUAUUGGGAUUUUCCACCAAAGCAGUUCCAAGGAUGAAAGGCAGGUGCUAGAGCCAAAUCCAGUUCAGAACCAGUUUGUUUUUCCUCAGCCAGCGAAUCGCCAUGGAGCUUAGCCAUUACACAACCAUAUGUGUUGCCAUCUAAGGUCUAAAGUAUGUGAGGCACUUUAUCUACACACAUUUUUCUUGUGUACAAUGUUUUAAGUACAGUGCUCUUUAAAAGGCCGGCCAUCAUGUCAGACCAGUGCUGCUGCUUUAAGGAGGGUUUCUGAACACCAUCUGGUGACGUGUAGCGGCCCGAUGGCGUUUAGAACCUGAGCUGCCAGCAGCAUUGAUAAGUUUGGUUGAAAACGAUGGUUGUAAAACAGCUCCACACAGUGUGUUGACCAGCGUUCACCGACAGCCCUGAGGUGGUCCUGGGAUCCGAGGCUGAUUGGCCUUCUAAAUGAGGAAAGGAAGCAAUGGUUCUAUUGUUCUGUUGUGGAUUAAAUGGGUCAAAAAGGAAACCAGUUUGAGUUUUAAACAUUGUUCUCCAUGAUCCUGCCCUGUUUCUACCUCCAAGAGGCUGCGCUUUUGGCCGUAGAAACAGAACUGGGACCCAGUGAGGUCCGGUUGAGGACUGAAACCGCUUUGGUGGAAACCUGCUUAGCUGCAGAUUUUUUUCAAAAGCUUUGGCAGAGUUUACAAUAGAGUUGUCAUUUCUAUCAGAAACUUCCAGAAGUGAAAUCUAAAAGCUGUUUGUUUUCUUCAUCCUGCUGGUGGCCCUUUAAAGGGAAGCCUGUGGCAUUCUGGGAUUUUUCUAUGCAAGGAGCAGUUUGAUUGUAAAUGGUAGCAGCUAACACAGGUUGAACACUAAGUGCCAGAAAACUGUUAAAAUCAGCUAGUUCUAUGUUUAACAUUUUUGAUCGGCUAGACUUGACUUUGAAACACUAAUCGCUCUCAGACUAAUAAAAUCAGAACAACAGAAGAUGGAAGUCGAGGUUAGUUGGUCAUUUUCCGUGAUGCAGCAUUUACUGCUGCUCUCUGCCUUACUCCAGGCUGACUUCACUCUGUUCGGUACUAGUGCUUUUUCUAUUAGUUUUGUCUUUUUCGGGUGAUGGCCAGAAACAAAAUAAAAAAAAGUCUAUUUGAAAAUGCAAUAAAUAUUGUAUAUUUACACUACAGAAUGGCAACGCUAUUUUCUGAUCUAUUUUUGUGAUGCAAGAAGUUUGUUAUAUAGGAAAGAGAAGUGAUGGAGAGUUCUAACAAUGUGUGAGUUGUUCUAGUCUGGCUACCUGUAGCGCCUUGCUGUACGCUCGCUCAUUGGAGUAAAUGAGUUGCUUUGGAUGCAUGUGAGAUUUUUACCACAUUUCCUAAAGAUCCAUCAGGUAAAUAAUUUGGAGAUGAGUGACGGCGACAGCACACAUUAUUGGACCUGCACUUUCUUUACUGGAUGUACACUCACCGUGACACACGAGUGAUCUGUCAUAUUUUUUCACUUUGUCCACUCUGAAGAGCAGGAGCCCUGCGGUGGACUUUUGUUGUUAAUCAUGUCUUUAUUUUUUAUCAUCUGAAAAAAGUUCAAUAAAAUACAUUCCUGUUAGGGGAUAAAGGGUAUCUGA